GCGCGCCCACCAACCCCAGUCAGCUCAAGGUGCGCUGGAGCUGUCCCCAGGAAGAUGGCUCCAAAAAAGUCAGCCUUGCCACCAAGAACCACCAACCGCUUCGACCGAAAUACCCAAUUGAUGACGAAAUUCGCCCCUUUUACGAGCCAAAUCAAACACCGAUUCGAAAAGACUGUUCUCACAAGACAUCCUCCCCAACCUUAACCGCCGUCCCAACUUCGCGCGCAAUCACCUGCUCCCACGUCCAUCGAUCCCUCCGACGGUUGAACGAAACGAUUUAUUCUAGAAGUACUCCUACAGAAGCUGGUACAAGUCAGGGGGACUACGUGUCGGACAAUCGCCUCGACCGAGAUUGCACCAGAAAGCCUGGCCCAGGCACGUUUCGACACGUACACACUCUGUUCCUCAAAUCCAUCGAACAUGUCGAAUCAAACGCCCUCAACUCCGGUCAAGGUACCGCCCUCGGCCGCGAACCACUCAGCAGCGACUCUGGAUCCUGAGCUGCGCUCACAGAUCAACACACUGUUGCUGAAGGACGGCCAUGUCACAAAAAUUCAAGAACAACUCCUUCACUCCCUCCACGCAAACCAAGCGAACUGGCCGACUCUGAUCCAGAACCACGCCCUCAACCUCCUGCGCGCAGGCGAGGUCACAACCUUCCCAGACCUCCUCCGCCGCGUCCUCGACGACGUCCGCCAGGACACCCUCAACCCCCCUCCAGCAGCUGCUGCAUCCCCUCCACCGUCCAAGACAAACGGUACGGACAAGGAAAAGGAUAAGGACAAGAAGGCUAAUGGUACUGCGCGCUCCACACCAGCACCAGGCUCAGUGACCGAAUCCAGCACACCCCCGAGCCUUGCUAUUCCCCCAACUGUCAUUGAUGAGGCGAUCAAGGUUACGCAGGAGAGCUUAGAGGCUGUUUGUGAAAUUGACGGCGCAGGUAACUAAAAUGGAAGCGUCUCCUUUUGACCGUGUGGUGUUGAGGUGGGGAGACAACGAGAAAGAGAGAAAGGGGAUCUGUUGAGCCGUGAGCGGAAAAGGAGGGGUGGAUAUUAGGGAAUGAAAUGGGCGCUUGCUAUCUCUCAGGAAGCCCCUGGAAGGGUUUCUGGAAUGGCCCCUGGAAGGGUUUUUCCUCGUCACUCACCCACGGCGAGUGAGGGAAAAGGCAUGACUGUUGUGGCGGCGACAUAGCCAGCCUUGAUGAGAAAAUUUUCUUGAUAACCUGGGUAUCUAGGACAACGCAACUGGCGCUACCUGGACGUGAAAAAAAUUGGAUCGACGACGUUUGGAGCAGUCCUCCUGUGUCAGGGAAGAGCAUCCGAUAUCAUACUUUUAUAAAUAGUCGACCGUGGAGCAAAAGAUUCAUCAGCAUGCCUAGAGAUCACACGCACCAUAAGUUGUUUUCAAGCUCCGAAACAUGAUCGGUGUAAGUGGUACCAAAGGGCGUCCACAAGAUGUUCAACAUCUAAAAGCAUAGAACUGCCAAAUUGUGUUCGUGAA